AUGUCUCGACCGGCUAGCCGAUCUGAAACUUUGAAGAGGUUUAGAGACUCUAUACACGCCAACCAAGUCAUUAUUGGCUCAGGCGCAGGCGUUGGCAUAUCAGCAAAGUUGAUCGAAGACGGCGACGCAGACUUCAUAGCCCUCUAUAAUUCCGGCUUAUAUAGAAUGCAUGGACUAGGUUCAUUAGCGGGCCUAAUGCCGUAUGGUGAUGCAAAUGCAAUAGUUUGCGAUAUGGUUCGUCCCCAUGAUAUCUUAUAUGCCAUGCCAAUACGUACAGCUAUUCAACAGAUACUGACAAUUCAGGGGAAUCCUAAGGCCCAAACUGUCCUCCCACAAAUCAAGUUGCUCCCUGUUAUUGCGGGAGUAUGUGCAACGGAUCCUUUUCGAGACCUUUCCGUUUUCCUCCCUCAUCUCCGCACCCUCGGCUUUAUCGGUAUCCAGAAUUUCCCGACUGUAGGCUUGAUCGAUGGGAACUUUCGCCAAGCCCUCGAAGAGACUGGUAUGUCAUACGAUAAAGAAGUUGAAAUGAUUGCACUAGCACAUUCUUUGGACUUCUUGACUAUCCCAUACGUGUUUACCGUAGAACAGGCUGUCGACAUGACAAACGCAGGUGCCGAUGUUAUUGUCGUUCAUUUUGGGCUUACAAGUCAAGGAAGAAUUGGAGCGAAAAACGCAAUUUCGAUUGCCGACGCAGCCAAAGUUGCACAAGAGAUUAUAGACGCCGUUGUGAAUAUUCGGGAGGAUAUCAUUGUCCUAAUUCACGGUGGUCCUAUAAGUACUCUUGAGACCUUCGAGCAUAUUAUGAAGGAUACGAAAGGUGUACAUGGGUUUCUGGGGGCUUCAACUUUUGAGAGGAUUCCAUUAGAUACAACGCUACCGGGUACCGUGAAAGAAUUUAAGGAGUUGAAGAUUGAACAAAAUUAA